CGCCCCCCCGCACCCUGCCCCGUUCUCCCAGUCCAGACUGGAAGCUGCGUACAGGAUGGGCUCACGUACAACGACAAGGAUGUGUGGAAACCCGAGCCCUGCCAGAUCUGCGUCUGCGACAGCGGCAACAUCCUCUGCGACGAGGUGAUCUGCGAGGACACCUCCGACUGCCCCAACGCCGAGAUCCCCUUCGGAGAGUGCUGCCCCAUCUGUCCCGACACCGACGCCUCCCCAGUCUACCCAGAAAGCGCUGGAGUAGAGGGUCCUAAGGGAGACACCGGCCCCAAAGGAGACAGGGGACUCCCUGGCCCCCCUGGCAGAGAUGGCAUCCCUGGACAGCCUGGCCUCCCGGGACCCCCAGGCCCUCCAGGACCUCCAGGCCUCGGCGGAAACUUCGCUCCUCAAAUGUCCUACGGCUACGACGAGAAGUCCGGCGGCAUGGCCGUGCCCGGCCCCAUGGGUCCAGCUGGUCCCCGCGGUCUCCCUGGCCCUCCCGGCGCUCCCGUGAGUAUCUCAUCCUUCUCUUCCUCUUCCUCCUCCUCCUCCUGCCCCCCACCAGCUCCUUUCUGGGGACGAGCAGCCCCAGGGACCCUCCUGGCGUGGGGCCCUGCGGUGGAGGGGAGGGGACAGG